AUGAGUAGGACCAAAAUUCCUACUGAAUUAUUCAUUCAGAUCGCAGCAUAUCUAGAACCCGACGCAUGUUACCGGCUUAUCCAGGCCCUUGAUGGUCUUGAUCAACUUCUCGGAUCUAGGGAUUUCACGAGGAAAGCAAAAAGAACUGGAGAUACAAUUGUGCAUCUGGCCGCAAGCAAAGGUGAUGAGAAGUUAAUACACACCAUGCUUGCUAAGUCCGUGAACUUCCAAGUCCGAAAUCGUCGUGGGAUUACUCCUUUAGCUCGCGCUGCACAUCGAGGACAUAAAGCAGUUGUGGAGCUUCUUAUCUCCGCUGGUGCGAAAGUCGAUGAACUGGAUAAUCGUAAUGUGACUGCUCUACAUGGUGCAGCCUACCAUGGAUCGGACAUUUUAGUCCAAGUGCUCCUUGAUGCUGGUGCAAAUCCAUAUAUUACCACAGAUUGGGGCCAUACCGCACUACAUAUGGCUGCAAGAAAUGGACAUUUUUCAACUGUUUCACUGCUUCUGAAGAGAGCGCGAUGGCCCCAGGGUACAACAGACGCUCGGAGUAACGUUCUCGAUCUAGCCGCGGAAUACGGUCGCACCGCAGUUUUUGAGCAGCUUAUUGAGGCAGGCUUUAAGAUUUCAGACAACACUCUGGAAGCUGCUGUCUCAUCAGGACGAGCAAAGAUAGUCAAAGUCCUUCUUUCUCGGGCGUCUUUCCCCGAGCAUGUAAGGCGUGCAAAACUGCAUUGGUCAGUCCACAAUGGAUACACUUCAGUGGUAAGGCUGCUCAUUGGGACUGGUGGCCUGAAUGUCUCGGGUGAAGAUAUCAAAUUGGCCGACUCAGUAGGCUGUUCUGGUAGUAUCAGAACACUUCGUCUUCUUUAUAAUGCGGGAGCCGACUAUUCCAAACACAACCAGAGCAUGUCAUCAAUGCUGUUUGGUGCUGCCAGAAAUGGCCACGCUGCAAUUGUUCGAUAUCUUGCCUAUUUAGGAUGGCUGGACCGUGAUAUGUGCAAGCGUGCAUUGGUUAUUGCUGCUUCAGAAGGUCAUUCUGCUGUGGUUAAAUCUCUUCUUGACUGCGGUUUUGAGUUUGGUCAUUCUGCUAAAUAUCUUCUUGACGGCGAUGAGUUUUACAAAAGUGAUAAAGAAAUUGCGCUUUCGAAAGCAUCUACGGCUGGCGAUCUAGCGGUUCUGGAUUUGCUCCUCGAACCUGGGGCUGAAUAUGACCUUCUAGCACUUUAUCCUGCUGUUUGUGCAGGACAAGUCGAGAGGGUUCAUGCUAUCCUUAGUUCCGGCAUCGGCAAUUCUACAUCUGAUUAUGAGGCUGACCGUCAUUUACGGAUGUCCUUGUGCAGAGCGGCUGAACAUGGCCUUACCACGAUAGUAAAGCUACUUCUGAAUGCGGGAGUACCACCAGAUGCCCUUCGAUUUAGUACGAGUGAACCUUCUGCUCUCUACAGAGCAGCCAGAGCGGGUCAUAGGGAUGUGGUCGAUUUGCUCGUCAAGGCUGGGGCCGAUAUUUCUCGUCAAUACCGUAUUAGCCUGCGCGAGGAGCGCGGAUACACAGCGCUCUACAUCGCUGCUAGAGGUGGACAUGUGACAGUAAUUGACUGCCUCAUAAACUCCGGGGCACCGGUUUCCUUUCAGGGUGCAGAAGGCCAUACGGCACUACAUGCUGCGGUAAGAAGUGGCCAUACUGCCGCAGUUGAGUUCCUAAUCAAUGCUGGUGCAGCUGUCUCCAUCCAAGCCAACUCAGGGGCCACGCCCCUCCAUUAUGCUGCACGGUAUAAUCGUUCACAGGUGGUCAAACUGCUUCUCAAUGCCGGAGCUGAUCCAUUUAUCCUAGAUCGUGAAGGAAGGUCUGCUCACAAUCGGGCAGUCGAGUUUCAACAUUCUGAAGUGGUUGUACACCUCACUGCAGCAGAGAAUUGUAUGAAAUGA